AUGUGCAGAAUCGAGAGGCAGAAUGGUCAACCCCUGCCAUCCCCAUGUCCCAUGCCCGCCCCCUGCCACACCACAAGCGACCGGAGAGAACAGAGGCGUCACAGCCUUCAUGUCAUCCCUCCCCGCAGCCAUCAGCCCCGAGCGCACACUCGUUACCAGCAGGACACGGGCCACAAGAUCAUGUACGCUUUGAACGAGGCGUCAACGCCUCCUCACUUCAACCAGGAGAAGCCGCCUAUAGACGGACGGGAGGACCUCCAGCCCCUUACCGAUCAGGAAAUCGCUGACGAGAGUUCUCACCGCAUCCAUCACCUGCGUUCUGCAUGCAUGCAGGCAGUUUGCACCCACAAAGGCACCAUUCCUUGGAGCAUUGGCGCGCCACGGCUUGCGGCCGUUGAUUCCGCGGCCGUUUUAGCUCCACUAGGGCCAAGGCUAACGACGCAUCUUCUCGGGGCUUUGGCCACGGGAUGGUCGGCCAAGAACGGCUUUCGAACCCUUCUCGAGCACAAAAACUCUUGGCUUUGUUUCCAUGGGCCCGGGGCUCAGGCCCUUGUGUGGUCAAGGUCCCAGCUUUGA